AUGAAGUAUAAAGUGUACAAGAUAUUUGAAGCAGAUUUCAAUAAAGUGACUAAAGGUAUGAAGGUAGCACCAUGUAUGAGAUCAAGUUCCACUGAUGACAUGCAUGCAAAGAAUGCUGUACGCCAGAGUCUCUGCAAGCCUGAAAAUCUGAAUAUAUCUGAAAAAAUAUUCUGCUCUUUCUGUAAUGCAAAGUUUGAAGAUCAAGCUCAAGAAAUAUUGCACUACAAGUCGGACUGGCAUAGGUAUAAUCUGAAUCGAAAACUGGAUGACUUGAAGCCUGUUACAGAAGAGAAAUUUACACAACUUGAAGAUGAUAUGUUGAGUAUUUUGGGUUCUGAAUCUGAGAGUGAAGAUGGGAAAAGUUCAGAUUCUAUACCAUCAUCGGUUGCAAAUCUUGGUUCGUUUCAGAAUAAUGAACCCAUGAAGAUCACAUGCUGUAAAGAUGAUGUCAGUGGUUCAUAUCCUGAAUAUGAACAAAACGAUCAUGGUCAUGAAACGAAACGUGAACAUUUGAGACUAAUGGCAGCAAGACAUACCAAAGUUUUUUUUGAAAAUGAAGAUGGCAAGAUACUGUCGAUGUAUCGAUGUCUCUUACAUGGAAAGAAAGAAGUACCAGAGAAUGAUGAGCAGUUAAUUCAAAUGGCCAUGAAGGUUGCAGCCAAUCCAGUGUGGGCUAUUAUUAUGCUUGGAGGAGGUCAUUUUGCUGCAGGCAUUUUCCAAGGGCAGGAAGUGUUAGUGCACAAGACAUUUCACUGUUAUACAGUUCGUUCUCGCCAAGGUGGGGCUCAGAGCUCUCGAGAUGGACGAAGUGGUGGAAGCCACCCUAAAAGUGCAGGAGCCAAUCUUCGUAGAUACAAUGAGGCAGCAUUGAUACAGCAUGUACAAGAUAUCAUGGAAUCCUGGUCAUCUCAGUUGGAUAGCUGUGGUCUAAUCCUGUACCGCGCUGUUGGUCACAAUGGAAAUGUUCUCUUCAGUGGUCGGAAUCCUCCUCUUAACAAGACUGAUUCUCGUCUGCGCACCAUCCCCUUUGCCACAAGACGUGCCACCUUCAGUGAGGUCAAGCGUGUAUAUGAUAUCCUUACCAAUGUUGAGAUGUAUGGCUCUGGAGAGGCCGUCCAAACAUAUUUCCCUCAGACCUCAAGAAAACAAGGUUUUAAGUCUCAGGCAGCACAGGAUGAAAGAAUUAAUUAUGAGAAUACAGUUGAAGGAACUGAAAACACGAGUCCAAAACGAGGGAGCUCCAAACAUAAUAUUGAUCGUGCUAAACCUCGUAAGUCACCCCAUCGACCUUUGCCUAGAAGUUAA